CCCCCCCCUCUCUCCCUCCUCCCUUCCUUCUUUUCUUCCUUCUUUUCUUUCAUGCCAGCCUUAGGACUUGAAUUUAUUAUGCCUGAGUGCUGUCCCUGAGUUUUUUUGCUCAAAGCUAUCAUUCUAUCCUUUGAGCCAUGGCUUCACUCAGCCUUUUUGGUGCUUACUUGGAGAUAAGUGUCUCAUGGACUUCGAGCCUGGACUGGCUUCUAACCAGGAUCCUCAGAUCUUACCUCCUAAGUAGCUAGGAUUAUAGGUGUGAGCCGCUAGUGCUCAACUUCUGGCCACCUUUUCUGAUGUUGUAAGACUAUAACAGUGGGCUUAAGAGCCAUUGUAUACUGGAGUAGUACACUUUAAACAGGUGUCAAGGUGCUUCAUAGUAGUAGCUUGUUUGUUUUGUAUGGAUUAUUUGUUUAAUAAUUCUACCUUUACAAUGGAAAAAAUAGGCUAAUUAAUCUAUCCUGAUGUUUUCUUUGUCAUUUGCAAUUUGUGGCACGAAGUAGCUUCUCUGUUUUACUGUUGGCAGUUUUGUGCAUGUUUUAUAGGAACUUUUUAUUAUUCUUUUGUUAUGUACUUAUGUGUAUACGUAUGUAUGUGUACAUAUGCAUAUAUAUACAUGCAUCUUGUGUGUAUAUGUGUAUGAUUUUAAAAUGUAAAGCAUGCUGCUUGGCCUGACUAGCUAAAGUGCAAUUGUAUCUGGUAAACAAAUUUUCUCUUUCAAAUUCUGACUAUAGAGGAACUGAGCUCUCAUGAGCUACCUUCAGAAAUUAUGACUUCCUCUUUUCUUUCAUCCUCUGAAAUACAUAACCCUGACCUUUCAGCACUGCAUGGAGAAAAAAGCCAAGUGUUAGGCAGCCAGCCUGUUAUAGCCAAAGAAGGAAAAGACCACUUGGCUCUUCUAGAUAUGAAAAAGGUGGAAAAGCCUCAGGGAACCAGCAAGGAUGGAGCAGACUCACUGGAGUCUCUUGCAGCAGGAGUUCCUUGCAUUUGCCCCUCCAUUCCAGCCAGCCUCCCAGAACAUCAUGCUUUUCUGUCAAAGGAAGCUGCUCCAGUAGAAGAGCAAAUAAGUACACACCAGGAGCCCAGGAGCCCAAGUGAGGCACCGAAUAGGGAGGAUAGAACUGCACUGGAUGUUGGAAACAGGCUUACUUUGCUGACAGCACAGAAAGCCCCCAUUAAGCCACCUAAAGCAGAAGUCAUUGGUGCAUACUCCUUGUCCCCAUCUGACACUUCAGGAGGGGGUAGCACAGAAAAAGAUUCCCCUGAAUCACCAUUUGAGGUGAUUAUUGACAAAGCAACAUUUGACAGAGAAUUCAAGGACUCAUAUAAGGAGAGCACAGAUGACUUGGGUGGUUGGGCGGUACACACUGAUGGAGAAUCCUCUGUAGACAUGUCAGAGACAAAUGACAAAGUGUUUCCACUGAGAAGUAAAGAGGCUGGGCGUUACCCAACCUCUGCAUUGCUCACUAGACAGUUUUCACAUACCACUGCGGCAUUGGAAGAGGUGUCUAGAUGUGUGAAUGAUAUGCAUAACUUUACUAAUGAAAUACUGACAUGGGAUUUGGUUCCCCAAGUGAAACAACAAACCAAUAAGUCUUCUGACUACACCCCAAAAGGUACAGGACUUGGCAAGAGCGAAUGUCAUUCAGAAAUUCCAGUUAUAAAUCUUAAAACAAAUAACCAUCAGAAGGUUCCUGUAUGUUCUGCUAGUGGGGGCACAGAGACAUGUGUCCCACAAGACAAUGCUCUCACUGGGAAACCUGGAAGAGAGUCUCCCACAAAAGAAGUCAGUGUAAAAGGGGUGCAAGGUGAUGAAGGGAAACAAGAGGUUAUGCUUUCAGAGUUAGAGAGACAUGCCUCCGUGGGUUCCAGGACGACCACAGUGAACGUAGUUUUACCUGAUGAACACCGGAAGGAUGACAUGAACUGGCAGAGCUCUGCACUGGGAGAAAUCGCAGAGGCUGAUAGUUCUGGUGAGUCUGAUGACACAGUCAUAGAAGACAUGGCAACAGAUGUAUCAUUGGAAAACAACAAAUUUCAAGCUGAAAAGCCUGUUUCUGUUCCAAGUGCCCUGGCAAAUGUGAGUGAGAGGGAAACCAGAGAGAUUCCCAGUUGUGAAACAGUGGAAAAGAAAACACCUGCAAACUCUGAAGAGCCUAUCAGUGACUUUGAGCCACGUCAGGUUCAGCUUGGUACUCUUGGAAGAAGUCCAGAUACCAGUGUGUCAGAAGUUGCUCCUGAAAAGCCUGUUAGAGUCGAUGAUGACUCCAAACUUUCUUCAGCAGCACCUCCUAGUGUUUUUAAUACAACAGAAUUUUCAAACACAACAGCUUCUGCCAACUUGAAGUCAUUACAAGGGAAACAUGUUGGAGAUACAGAUGAUUCCUCCCCAGAGGACUUGAUGGCAGCCUUUACAGAAAACACACUGAAAGGAAUAGUAGACAAAGAGGAAGGAAAUGUCUCUGAAGCCAUGUUAGAGCAGACAGCUGACCAUAAAAGAAUUUUCUCAGUGGAAACAGUCUUACGUGAUAGUGAGGCAAAUGAGCCCAAACAUAAAGAUAUUAAAAGCAAAUGCAGUGAACCAAGCAAAGAAGUGAAUGGAAGGGAGCUUCUAGAUGCCCAGGGACCGCCAGUGGCAUCUCUUGAUUUAGAGCAAGAGCAGCUCACAAUCAGAGCCCUCACAGAAUUAGGUGAAAGACAGGUGGAGAAGUCCACCCCUGUGCAGGCUGGAGGAGAAUCUCCUGAAGGAAGACUUGAGCAAACCCGUGCUUCUCCGCCAUCAUGUGGCACUCUGGAACACACAGAUGUCAAAACUGGAUCUGAUCUUGGGAUUUCCAAAGAAUCCACUAUUAUCAGAGAAAGUAGGGUAGAUACUCGUUCCAACCUUAGCAAAGCUGACCUGGUAACCAAGCAUGUCCUAGCAAGACUCCUCACAGACUUCUCAGGUAACCCUUUAUGUUAGAAAUGCUGCAUGUGGUUAGCUCUGCUGUGAUUACUUAGCAGUGCCUUUUUUUUUGUAUCUGGGUUUUAGUAAUAAACUUACAGCUGUAUGCAAACAUACUAUAUGAUGGGGACAAGCAAGUUCCUUUUUCUUUUUUAAUGAUUGCCUAAUUUGGCUUCCCUUCAGUAUUUUCCAAAGCACUAGGCCACUUUAUGAAAUUAAUCUCCUAAAAUUUGUAACUUUUCAAUUAUAUUUCAAGGUCCUUUUCCUAUAGGUUAGGCCUGAGUGUGAUGGCUGGUUUUAAAAAUACCAUGGUAUUCUUAUUUAUUUAAAAAAAUCAAAUAAUUACAGUCUUAGAUUUUUUGAUAGAGACCUUGUAAAAUCUACUUAACAAUCAAAGAAACAAUUCCUUCUGGGAAACACAGUAAAUGAAACUUAUAAUUAAUUUGAUCAUAUUCCACAGAGAACUUAAUGCUCUGAAAGUAGGUGACCAAUAUUAUUAAAGUACUAUUUUGGAGUGAUACUUAAGAGAAACUUACACAUUUUUUCUACUUUGAACCUUAUUUAAUAAUCUUUAGGCCACAGCUCAUUAGGUAGUACCAGGUAUCCUUCCCUUCCCUGUUUAUUUAAAAUUUGUCACUUUGAGGCUGGGAAUGUGGCUUAGCGAUAAGAGUGUUUGCCUAGCAUGCAUG